UGAGAAGUUGCGAUUGUUAUCAAUCAGCGUCUGACGAGCAAAUUGAUCAAUUGAGUGUUUAUCAAUGCAUAAGAUGAUCUCAUUUUUGAAGUGGUGAUUUGAUCGUAGUGUUUUGUGUCCUUUAAAUAUUUAGCAUAUUAUUUUUGGAUAAAAUUGUUACGAUGUGAAAUUGUUUCUUUGGUCUACAAUGAAUAAUAUCAAGUGAAUGAAAGCAGCAUAGUUAUAUACAAGAUGUCAUCAGUAGGUCAACUAGUGCCGCAGGUGACAAGAGGGCCACCCAAUAUGACAAUCAAAUAUUACGGUCCCCACAUUGAGGGAUCAUUUUGCACUUCAAUUGAUUACAACUAUGAUCCAAUCAUCAGUGUUAUUUGUGCUAUGUACAUUGUCUUUGGCAUUGUAUAUACAUUGUUUGGUUACAGAUGCUUUAAAGCAAGCAUGUUUUUAACAGGCUUUACAUUUGGCUCUGCCAUUGUAUAUCUAAUUUGCUUGCAAGAAUAUCUAAUGCCUCCAUAUGGGAAUGUUGGAGUGGCGCUGUGUGCUGGUCUACUUUUUGGGCUGAUUACAAUGUUGAUUCAAUAUGUGGGCCUGUUCAUGACUGGAUUCCAUACUGGUCUUUUGUUAGCCAUUGCUGGAUUGGCAAUAUAUGACCACUUCUUAGAUAGCAGACCUGUUUCUUAUUGGUUGUGUGUGGUAGCAUUACUUUGUUCGGGAAUAUUCUUUGCCGUCAUCAACUUGUAUUGGAAAAAAGUGUUGACAAUAUUCGGCACUAGUGUUUACGGCGGUGCGGUGAUAGCUAUAACCCUCGAUUAUUUCUUCGAAAGGAUGAUGAUGCUUAAAUGGGUAUGGGAGCGUGCCAAGCUAGAGCCGGCGGUGCCUCCACCGUGCCGGCUCUCCUGGCUGACGCUGGCCGCAUGGCCGGCCGCUGCCAUCGUUGGCCUUACUGCUCAGUGCGCGCUCACCGCCACUGGUAUAUACCAUGAGCAAAGCAUAAGUGCUCAAAAGCGGCGUCUGAAAGCGCAACAAGCGCGGCCGGUUACACGCGAGCAACGAGCCGAGAUGAAGCAACGCAAGUACAGAUAUCUGUACCAAGUUCGCACAGCGCAUGGUGACGUCAUCUCACAGUCGUAUGUGCAAGCUUUGCAGAAGAAGGCUCAAUGUGGUAACUGGAGUGGUGGGGGCGAGUGCAGCACUCUGCAGAGUGACUCUACACAUCUCACUGUCGUCGCCGGCUCAGAACACGCGCCUCAUACAGACUCCGAUGAUGAUCUCAACCAGAUACGCGCCGCGCAUUAAACAUGAAUAAUACAAGUUUGGAUGGAGAUACGCAGCUGUGAAGAUUUCAUUUCAUUCAGUAUUACUUUAUUGAGACCCAAUUGUAUUACUAACUGUAGUUACAAUAUCUUUAAAUGGUAUAUAUGUAUUUUUUUUAAUUUAUUAUGUCACUUUAUCAUAUUGAGGUUC